AUGGACAAAGAUAUUACAAUAAGGCCAUUUCACAAAGGAUUUCUUCAAGCUGGUGGAACAAUAGAAAAGACUCCUUUAGUUCCAAAUGGAAAAUACCUUUAUAAACAGUUAUGUUCUCAAAGAGAGAAAGCUUUCUAUGAAGAAAUAGUUUCCCUUCCUGAGUGGCAUUCCACGGGAGUAGUUCCAUCUUAUUAUGGAAUAGAGAAGCAUGAUUUUGGCAAAGGUGUAAUGGAGUAUUUGAAGAUCAAUAACAUGCUCUUCAACUGUCAUUCCCCGUUUGUUCUUGAUCUUAAAGUUGGGACGCAGACGUGGAAGCCGAAUGCCACUGAAGCCAAAAUCAUUCACAAACAACACAAAAGCGAAUUACUCAACGCCGAACACGUCGGGCUCAGGUUCUGUGGGAUGAAAAGAACCAUCGGCGACCAAGUCUAUUCGUACGACCGCGAACUCAGCGAAGACGAGGUGAUCGACCGGACGAAGUUGAAAGAAAUGAUUCGACUUUUCUUGUUUGACGGGAAGAAAUACGAAGUCGAAAAGAUCAAAAUUUUCGACGAAAAGAUCAACAGAAUUAUUAAAGCAAUCGACACAAAGAAAUUCAAGUUCUUCGGCGCAUCAGUUCUACUCGUCUACGACGCAGACCAGAAAAAUAUCAACGAAAAAACCGACUUGAGACUCAUCGACUUCUGCUAUGCGUGGUCCUUGGAAAGGGAAAGCUGUCAAGAGGAAGAUGGCGUUAAAUUUGGUCUUGAAAACUUGAAAAUAAUACUUGGGGAAAUUAGAGAGGAGGUCGCUAAUAAGAAAAAUUGA